UAAAAUUGAAAGUGGUGUAAUUUGGUACAUUAUCCAUUCUAACAAUAGGGACACACUGGUCUGUAUUUUGGUUUUUUGUUCGUCCAUUUUUCCAAAAAACGUGUAAAUAAGGGAAAAUAAAAGUAAACAAAUCAAAAUGCCAACUGAAAUCGAGAAUAUAAACCCCAAUGUCUAUGACAAGAUCAAGGAACGAGUUUUGACGGCCAACGAUGAGGACGAAAAUGUAGCUGAUCCCUUUGACAAGCGAGAGAUUUUCGAUCUCAUAAAGAAUAUCAAUGACCCUGAGCAUCCGUUGACCUUGGAGGAACUGCAUGUGGUGCAGGAGGACCUAAUCCGCAUUAGCGAUGCCCAGAAUUCCGUGCACAUCAGCUUCACCCCAACGAUUCCGCAUUGCUCGAUGGCCACUUUGAUUGGCCUGUCCAUCCGGGUGAAGUUGCUCCGUUCGCUGCCACCCCGCUUCAAGGUCACCGUGGAGAUUACACCCGGAACCCACGCCUCCGAGCAGGCGGUCAAUAAGCAACUGGCGGAUAAGGAAAGAGUGGCAGCCGCAUUGGAGAACAAGCACCUCGCCGAGGUAAUCAACCAGUGCAUCUCCGCCAGGGGCUAAUUGAUUAAUUUUAUCCUACUUGUGGAUAUAUGUAUAACUAUGCUGUGGGCUUAGUAAUAAUAAUAAUGAUUUAUAGAAGUUUACAUUAAUAAUGUUACCCUUUUCCGCACUCUUUAAAGGGCGGCUGAUUGCUUCCAUGUACCUACAUAUAAUAAUGACAACUUUACUAUGUCUGUUCUACAUCUUUUUAAACGUUCUAUUUUAAUCUUUAAAUAAUAGGAAAAAGCGCAAUGAUAAUUGAUAGCCCGGUUCCACCCAUCAUUUGGUUUAGUAGUAAUAAUAACGAAUUUACCCUCGAAACAAUGGGGAUUCCCUUAUUAAAAAGCUUUUGGAGCUAUAUUUAGAUAUGUUUCGUUGUAUCUGGUAUAAUAAAGCAAGAAAAUAACUGAGAAAA